GUCGGCCCGGGAGACGCAUGCGUAGACCUGUUGCCAAGGCGCCGGGAGAUCUUCCCACCCACCUCCCCCGCCGUCUAGAUCCGCCGCAGCGGGGCGCGUGCCUCCGCGCUUUCCCCACGCUCCCGCCCGCUGAGCGCACUUCCGGUUCUCUCUGGCCGACCAGAGCGGCGCGAAAGCCCGGGAGCGCGCAGGCGCGGGCGGAGUCCGGGGGCGGGGAGGGGCGGGGCGCAGGCGCGGACCGUCCCGCGGCGGGCGCCUGUCUGCGGGGCUCCCGCCUGCAUUUGGGCGGGUGUGCCCUGCUUGGCGGGCGAGCGGUGGCCGUGGUCCGACGCCCUCAGGGUGGCCUUCGUGUCGUGACAGCCGCGGCGUGUAGCUUCCCCGGGGUGACCGCGACUUGUUGGAGAUCUGAUGGCCAAAAGAAAGGAAGAAAAUUUCUGCUCUCCUGAAAAUGCUAAAAGACCAAGACAAGAAGAACUGGAAGAUUUUGAUAAAGACGGAGAUGAAGAUGAAUGUACAAUUUCUUUCACGAAUGGAACAUCUACUUUGACUGCAGCAGAAGUUGGAAUAAUUGAGAGUAUUCAGCUAAGAAAUUUCAUGUGUCAUUCAAUGCUUGGACCUUUUAAGUUUGGUUCUAAUGUCAACUUUGUUGUUGGCAAUAAUGGAAGUGGGAAGAGUGCUGUGCUCACCGCACUCAUAGUUGGUCUUGGUGGAAAAGCAGUUGCUACUAACAGAGGGUCCUCUUUAAAAGGCUUUGUGAAAGCUGGACAGAACUCAGCAGAUAUCUCAAUAACAUUAAGGAACAGAGGAGAUGAUGCCUUCAGGGCAAAUGUGUAUGGUGACUCUAUAGUUGUGCAGCAACACAUUAGUGUGGAUGGAAGUCGAUCUUACAAGCUAAAAAGUGAAAAAGGCACCGUGGUUUCUACUAGGAAAGAAGAGCUGAUCGCAAUUCUUGACCAUUUUAACAUCCAGGUGGAUAAUCCGGUUUCUGUUUUAACACAAGAGAUGAGCAAGCAGUUCUUACAGUCCAAAAAUGAGGGAGACAAAUACAAAUUCUUCAUGAAAGCAACCCAGCUGGAACAGAUGAAGGAAGAUUAUUCAUAUAUUAUGGAAACCAAAGAAAGAACAAAGGAACAAAUAAAUCAGGGAGAAGAGCGACUUACUGAACUAAAGCGCCAGUGUUUGGAGAAAGAGGAACGUUUUCAAAAUAUUGCUGGUUUAAGUACAAUGAAGACUAAUUUAGAGUACUUGAAACAUGAAAUGGCUUGGGCAGUGGUCAAUGAAAUUGAAAAACAAUUGAAUGCGAUUCGAGACAAUAUCAAAAUUGGAGAAGAACGUGCUGCAAAACUUGACAGGAAAAUGGAAGAGCAGCAGGUCAGACUUAAUGAUGCAGAAAAAAAGUACAAAGAUAUACAAGAUAAACUAGAAAAAAUUAGUGAAGAGACAAAUGCACGAGCACCAGAAUGUAUGGCAUUGAAAACAGACGUCAUUGCAAGGACAAGAGCCUUUAAUGACGCCGAGGUUUUAUAUAACCGUUCCCUAAAUGAAUAUAAAGCAUUAAAAAAAGAUGGUGAACAGCUUUGUAAAAGAAUUGAAGAACUGAAGAAAAGUACUGAUCAGUCAUUAGAACCAGAGCGAUUGGAAAGGCAAAAAAGGAUCUGCUGGUUAAAAGAGAAAGUCAAGGCCUUACAGGAUCAGGAAAAUACAGUCAAUCAGGAAGUUGAGCAGUUUGAGCAAGCCAUAGAAAAGGACAAGCAAGAACAUGUCCGAGUUAAGAAAGAAGAUAUAGAAGUGAGACAUGCACUCAACUAUAAUCAGAGACAAUUGAAAGAACUGAAAGAUAGUAAAACUGAUCGACUAAAAAGAUUUGGUCCUCAUGUUCCAGCUCUUCUGGAGGCAAUAGAUGAUGCUUACAGACGGAGACAAUUUACCCAUAAACCUAUCGGCCCUUUAGGUGCUUGCAUUCAUCUACGGGACCCUGAACUUGCUUUGGCCAUUGAAUCUUGCUUAAAAGGACUUCUGCAAGCCUAUUGUUGCCAUAAUCAUGCUGAUGAGAGAGUACUUCAGUCUUUGAUGAAAAAAUUUUAUCCACCAGGGACCUCUCGGCCACAGAUAAUUGUGUCUGAGUUUCGGAAUGAGGUAUAUGAUGUGAGACUCAGAGCUGCUUACCAUCCAGAGUUUCCAACUGUUCUGACAGCUUUAGAAAUAGACAAUGCUGUUGUCGCAAACAGCCUGAUUGACAUGCGGAGCAUAGAGACAGUGCUGCUGAUCAAAAAUAAUUCUGUGGCUCGUGCAGUCAUGCAGUCCCAAAAGCCACCCAAAAAUUGUAGAGAAGCUUUUACUGCUGAUGGUGAUCAAGUGUUUGCAGGACGUUAUUAUUCAUCUGAAAGUACAAGACCCAAGUUUCUAAGCAGAGAUGUGGAUUCUGAAAUAAGUGACUUGGAGACUGAGAUUGAAAACAAAAAGGGCCACAUAAUAAACCUUCAGCAGCGUCUGUCUGCCCUUGAGAAGGAUAUCAAACGCAAUGAAGAACUUCUUAAAAGGUGCCAACUACAUUAUAAAGAAAUAAAGAUGAAAAUAAGAAAAAAUAUUUCUGAAAUUCGGGAACUUGAGAAUAUAGAAGAACACCAAUCUGUAGAUAUUGCAACCUUGGAAGAUGAAGCUGAAGAAAAUAAAAUAAAAAUGCAAAUGGUAGAGAAAAAUAUGGAACAACAAAAAGAAAACAUGGAGAAUCUUAAAAGUCUAAAAAUUGAAGCAGAAAAUAAGUAUGAUACAAUUAAAUUGAAGAUUAAUCAGCUAUCAGAGCUAGCAGAUCCACUUAAGGAUGAAUUAAAUCUUGCUGACUCUGAAGUGGAUAGCCAGAAACGAGGAAAGCAGCACUAUGAGGAUAAACAGAAAGAGCAUUUGGAUACCUUAAAUAAGAAGAGAAGAGAACUUGACAUGAAGGAAAAGGAAUUACAGGAGAAAAUGUCACAGGCAAGACAGAUCUGCCCAGAACGGAUAGAAGUAAAAAAAUCUGCAUCAAUUCUAGACAAAGAAAUUAAUCGAUUAAGACAAAAAAUUCAGGCAGAACAUGCCAGUCAUGGAGAUCGGGAGGAAAUAAUGAAGCAGUAUCAAGAAGCAAGAGAGACCUAUCUUGAUCUGGACAAUAAAGUAAGGACUUUACGAAGGUUCAUUAAAUUACUAGAAGAAAUCAUGACCCAUAGGUACAAAACAUACCAACAAUUUAGGAGGUGUUUGACAUUACGAUGCAAAUUAUACUUUGACAACUUAUUAUCUCAGCGUGCUUAUUGUGGAAAAAUGAAUUUUGAUCACAAGAAUGAAACUCUUAGUAUAACAGUUCAGCCUGGAGAGGGAAACAAAGCCUCCUUCAAUGACAUGCGUGCUUUGUCCGGCGGUGAGCGCUCUUUCUCCACAGUGUGCUUCAUCCUUUCCCUGUGGUCCAUUGCUGAAUCACCUUUCAGAUGCCUGGAUGAGUUUGAUGUCUACAUGGAUAUGGUUAAUAGGAGAAUUGCGAUGGACAUGAUCCUUAAGAUGGCAGAUUCCCAACGUUUUAGACAAUUUAUCUUGCUUACCCCUCAAAGCAUGAGCUCACUUCCCUCAAGUAAACUGAUUAGAAUUCUUCGAAUGUCUGACCCUGAAAGAGGGCAAACCACAUUGCCCUUCCGACCUGUGACUCAAGAGGAAGAUGACAGUGCAAGUUGACAGCUUAGUGCCUUGCCUGGUACUGAAGGGGAAUUGUGAGGGGAUAACUGGACUGGUGGAUGAAAUAGCAUGAGACAGAGGUACUCUGAAAUAAAGGAGCUCCUUUAAUACCACCCAUCGCUUGUGUAAAUAAGCCUAGAAAACCAGCUUUUCCUUGUGAAAACCAAUUUCAUAAUACUGGUUUUAAAUCUUUUUAUGUUUGUUUGCUUUGGAGUUUCUGUGUUUUAUUUGUUUUUACCAUCUACUUUUAUAAAUUUUUUCAGGAGUAAAAUUUUGUACAUAAUGCACAUGUACAUAUCUGUUCAGUUUGGGUUUGUUUCUAUAGUAUUUUGUAAGAAUUAAAAUAAAAGUUUGAGCACCUGA